UCUGCCCCGGGCGUGCACUCCGAGAGAGGGCGGGCAGGCAGGCAGGCAGCCGGCCGAGCGACCGAGCGACCCGCGCCCCGCCAAGAACCCACAAUGGGGAAGCACAAUAGCAAGUUGGCUCCAGAGAUGCUGGACGACCUAGUGAGAAGCACGGAAUUUAACGAGCAAGAGCUGAAGCAGUGGUACAAGGGGUUUCUGAAAGACUGCCCCACAGGCAUCCUCAACUUGGAGGAGUUCCAGCAACUCUACAUCAAGUUCUUCCCCUAUGGCGACGCGUCCAAGUUCGCUCAGCACGCUUUCCGCACAUUUGACAAGAACGGAGAUGGGACCAUUGACUUCCGGGAGUUCAUUUGUGCUUUGUCCGUCACCUCCAGGGGCAGCUUUGAGCAGAAGUUGAAUUGGGCCUUCGAGAUGUACGACUUGGAUGGGGACGGGAAGAUCACACGUUUAGAGAUGCUAGAGAUCAUUGAGGCUAUCUAUAAGAUGGUGGGCACCGUCAUUAUGAUGCGGAUGGACCAAGAUGGGUUGACACCCCAGCAGCGGGUCGACAAGAUCUUCACCAAGAUGGACAAGGAUAAAGAUGACCAGAUCAGCCUGGAAGAGUUCAAGGAGGCUGCCAAGAGUGACCCCUCAAUUGUCCUCCUGCUGCAGUGUGACAUGCAGAAAUAGAAGGGUUGGGGCACUAGACACCCUGCCCCCUGCCCAGCUGUGCGCUGUCUUUCCUUUCUCUUUGGGGCUGCAAACCCACUCUUGAGGGAGGUAUGCCGCCUUUGCCCAGAUGAGUCUGCAAGUGCCUUUCCCACCACUUGCAGCCUCUGCCCUUUUCGGCGCAGCCAGCACAGAGGUCCAGAUGAUGCCCCUCAGGCCUGGUUCCUUAGCCUCUCAGCUGGAAGAUGUCCAUCUCAAUCCAUUGGCUGCAUGCUGGCUGGAGUCUCUGGCCUCCCUUUUUCUUCUUGGACAUGCGGUGUUUCCAAGACACUGGCAGCAAAUCUGACUCUUGAUGGCCAGCCUAAAUCCAAGAGCCAUGUUGCAGCAGCUGCAAGGUCUGGUAGCCCCAAGGUCCAUUCUCUUAGACUACCAGCUCUUGCUCUUAGGGGUAGGAAAAAUCUACCACCACCACCCUGGUGUGCCCCCCCCCCCGCCCCAAAGCUUUACAGAUCUUCUUUUUGAUGGCAGGUCCCGGGCUGUGUUUUCCACUCAGUGUUCUGAAGACCCUCCCCCCACCUGAAAAGACGAGUUGUCUCUUUUCUCCCCUUUCCCCAUCAUUUCCUUCACUGCCAUGAAGAACCAGUGGCAGAUCCAACUGUUUCUGGCAGUGGGGAGCCUGUGGCUUUUUGUAAAAUU